GUUUGUGGUUACAUCUCAAACGUACAAUGUGAGUCAGGCUCCCCGGGAACUUCUCCCUGCUCUGGAUGACAACCAGAGCCGCUCCGGGAUGGGCAGGGCAGGGCUGGAGCUCCCUCACGUCACUGACGCGUGUCUCCAGGGCGGGGACUUUGCCACCAGGACAGCCAGCAAAGCUCUCCCGAUCUGUGCCAGGGACCCGCGCGGGACAGCAGCUGUCUAAGUGCCCUGGACGCAGACAAUAAGAGAUUGAGCAGAUCCUAGCACGAUGGCAACAGUCAAGGGCGUCUCAAGUUUCAGUGCUGAGCAAGAAGCACAGGCACUAAGGAAGGCCAUGAAGGGAUUUGGCACGGAUGAAGAUGCCAUCAUUGAGACCUUGACCAAACUGAACGUGUCCCAACGUCAGCAAGUUCUGAUCACCUAUAAAAGCACAAUUGGCAGGGAUUUGAUUGAUGACUUGAAGUCUGAGCUGAGUGGGAAUUUUGAAAGGGUGAUCGUUGGUUUGAUGACUCCUACCACCAUGUACGACGUGCAUGAACUGAGGAGGGCUCUAAAGGGAGCAGGGACAGACGAAGGCUGCCUGAUUGAAAUCCUGGCUUCUCGCACCAACGCGGAGAUUCGGCACAUCAAUGAGAACUACAAACUCCAGUACGGCUCCACCCUCGAGGACGACAUUGUCUCUGACACAUCCUCCAUGUUCCGCAGAGUCCUCGUGUCCCUCGCCACGGGUAACAGAGAUGAGGGAACGUUUGUGGAUGAGGCCCUUGCUCAACAAGAUGCUCAGAACCUGUAUGAAGCUGGGGAGAAGAAGUGGGGAACAGAUGAGGUGCAGUUCAUGUCCAUCCUCUGCACACGGAAUAGAUGCCACCUGCUCAGAGUUUUUGAUGUGUACAGAGUGAUUGCUAAUAAGGACAUCACAGACAGCAUUAAAUCUGAGAUGUCAGGAGACCUUGAGGAUGCUUUGUUAGCUGUGGUAAAGUGCUUGAGGAACAAACCUGCAUAUUUUGCUGAAAGAUUGUACAAAUCCAUGAAGGGCCUGGGCACCGAUGACAGCACGCUGAUCCGGGUGAUGGUGUCCCGCUCCGAGAUAGACAUGCUCUACAUCAGGAGAGAGUUCCUGGCCAUGUAUGGCAAAUCACUCCACUCCUUCAUCAAGGGAGACUGCUCAGGGGACUACAGGAAGGUUCUGCUCAGGCUGUGUGGUGGGGAGGAUUAAAGGAGGCCUGAGGAACCUGCUGGGUGAUGGGAAGCAGCUGAUUAUAAAAUGGUUUAGGUUGGAAAAGAUCAUGAAGAUCAUCAAGCCCAAUCACGAUAAAGAUUUAUUCUUUUUUUUUUUUUUUCCAAAUGCCUUAUUAAUUACUCUGAUUGUUGCCUUAGGUUAGUUCAUGCUCUGGUUAGAUAGAGGCCAUUCUGGUUGACUCUUUUGAUACACUUUUGUGCUUGGAACACCCAUUUGCCUACUAACUGAAGUCCAUCUUACACAGAAUGCUGUAACCAAAGGUGUAAAAGUUGUUUCCUGACCAGCUGCCCCUUUUGCUGUUGGUGUUCACCAGCAAAAUGCAUCAAGUAAAGGAGACCUGGAUGCACAGUGUGAGAGGCUGCCCAGGGAAAAGCCAACCCCAUUGGUACAUGAAGAAUGCAGAACACAGGUUUGCUUCAGUUUUUCAGUAGAAUUAAAACACAAAGAAACCAAAUAUCUAAAAUAGGAGCUUGUUUACAUAUUAACUUGCCUCUGUUAGUGUGGAGCAUUAACAGCCUGGCUGUACUGUAUAUAUAUAUGUUGUCUGUAGGUCUGUAAGUGGGGAAGUUGUCACUGGUGACAUGAGAAAAACCUUUUCCUGCCCUUGUUUUUGGUCUGUCUGUGGAUCAUGGGAGUAUAAAUAAUUAGGAUUAUUUUAUAAACCCUGCUCUGGAUAAAGUGAUGUCAUUGCAAUGGUGCCUUUUAAGGAGUGACCUGUCCCCAGAACCCUACCUCACCAGCCUGGUGCUGGGGCAGCUCCCCUGAUUUUCCUGGGACACCUUCCCAGAUGUGGCUGAGGUAAUUCCCCAGAGCUGCCCACAUCUUACACCGACUGUCAGCUGCCCCUGAGGGAUCCCCUGUGUGCCUGCUCCUCCUGUGAGGGAUGUCCAGAUCAACCUCUGCGAGACACCAGGCCCUACACACCUGCUGCUCACGGUUUUCACUCCAAAAACGGGAUUCUGCUUUGGCUUAGCAGGUUAUUCUUUACCAUUGGUGUACAAUCCUGUUCUGCAGGAUCAGACUCGAGAUCAUUGUCAAAGCUCCAGCACUGAGGUGGCUGCACCCCAAUUCCAUCACUCAUUUUCCAGCUGCUGCUGGCCACAAUCGGAGAUGCCUCUGUGGCCUCCAAUAAAAUAAUUUUCUUUCUUGUUCUCUGGGCUGCCAUUGGGGACACAUUCCCGGCUUUUGCCGGCAGAGGAGGCAGAGCUUUAUCCAGUUCUGAGGGCUCUGCCCAGGGCAGGGCAAUGCCCAGCAGAGCACAGCAGCUCUGGAGGUGCUCGGGCUGGGGGUGGGUUUCAAUGUGUCAUGUUGGGUUUCACUGCCUUGGGUCAGGUUGCUGAAUGGUGAAAAAUGAAUAAAGAAUUUGUUUAUGUA